AGGCAGGCCAGAGUCAGUGACAGAGCGGAUCUGGAAUAGCAACGGUGGGCGAUCGACCUUUCCCAAACCUCAUCCCUUGGACCGCCCAGACACCAGUCGCCAUGCAGACCAGCCCGUCAACGACCCCUGCCACCCCAGCACUGCCGUCAGCCAAGCAGAAACAAACACCACUAUGGACCUAAGAAAUGGCCGGCCCCUCGACCCUCCUCCUCCUGCUACUCCCCCACCUCCCCUUCCUCCAGCCACAGCCCCGGUCAGCCCUGACCUUCCUCUCUCUUCUCUCCCCUUUCCGCCCCUGCCAGACAUGAGCCCCCAGCGGCCCACCACCCUCGCCCUGAAGACCCUGCCCCACCCCAGCACCGUCAAGCAGAACGGGGGACCCCCACCGGGCGUUAAUGAGGAAGAGGAGGAGAGGAAGGUGAUGGAGGAAGAUCUAAAAAAGUGUAUUGAGGAUUUUAGGAAGAUCAAAGUUCCUAAAGUCUUCCCUGACAAGAAGAGGCACUGGCAGAGCGACCUACUGAAGAAAUACAACGCCUAGGGGCAUUGACGUUACCACGGCAACCUAACAGACCCAACACAAUAAGAUAGUGUUUCUGUGCAUAUCAGGUUACAGUAGUAAGCAGUGUAUAUCAAUGCUUGGCUCGCAUAGUACUUGCAUUGAAAUGGCAUUGGACUUGAGAAGUCAGGCAUGCAUCAAACUCUACUAGACUACAUUGAUCACAGUAGAACCAUUUUUCAGUGGUUUAAUAUCACAUAAAGGCUAUUAUCACAUAAUGCUUUCUGGUUCAUGGUUCCAUAUACUCACCUUUACCCGAAGCAGGAACUAAGAGGACACCACAAUUAAGUGUCAACAACACAUGGAACGACUACCUUCACAGGCAAGUGCUGAUGAUGAAGAUAACAUGGACUUUACAUGUCAACAGAGUUGAAGUUGACGUGGAAUACAUCAAAUGGAUACUUUGUUGAUGGACUGGACAUCUAUAAUAUAAUCUACAGAGGACUACUAUGACUGAUAUGAGACUGGACAUCUAUAAUAUAAUCUACAGAGGACUACUAUGACUGAUAUGAGACUGGACAUCUAUAAUAUAAUCUACAGAGGACUACUAUGACUGAUAUGAGACUGGACAUCUAUAAUAUAAUCUACAGAGGACUACUAUGACUGAUAUGAGACUGGACAUCUAUAAUAUAAUCUACAGAGGACUACUAUGACUGAUA